ACACACUACACCCCUAAUAGAAGGCAGCAGCAUAAUUUUUUGGGGUGAAGGACUAACAGAAGGAAGUUUACGAUGCGACAGAAUUUGUAUCUACUUUUUGCAAUAUUGGCGUUUGUUCUGCUCGGGUUUGUUUACUUCAGUUACACUUUCUACUGGCUACGUAGCGGUAUGCAUGAUGCACUGGAGUUCACCCCAAGUGUGGAAAUCAAACAAGACGUUAAUACGGAUUUACGCUUUCCUGAGGGAAUUAAAUACAACCAGCCAGCUGUGAGUAAUAGCCGGCCGGAUGUUACCACAGUGACCCCAUGGUUAGCUCCAAUCAUGUGGGAAGGAACGUUUGAUCUGUCGGUGAUUGAUGCCAUUUACUUACACAAGAAUAUCACUGUGGCAACCACAGUCUUCGCACUGGGGAAAUACGUCCGUUUUCUGAAGGAUUUCCUGGAGUCAGCAGAGCAGCAUUUCAUGGUUGGUUACCGCGUACAUUAUUACCUGUUUACAGAUCGUCCAGACGAGGUCCCUGUGGUAACACUGGGGCCAGGGCGUCAGUUGACCGUAAUAAAAACACCAAGCUCAGACCGCUGGCAGGAAAUUACACUACGCAGGAUGGAGAUGAUCGAAAAGCUCAUUGAGGAACGGCUUGUCACUGAGGCUGACUACAUCUUCAGCCUCGAUGUGGACACAAAAUUCUGUGGUCACUGGGGGUCAGAGACUUUGGCUGAUAUUAUUGCUGUUCUGCACCCCGGCUAUUUCGGAACCCCCCAGAGAGAAUUCCCAUACGAGAGACGCCCGGAAUCUGUGGCCUUCAUCCCACCAGAGGAGGGAGACUACUACUACGGAGGAGCCGUGAUCGGAGGACGCAUCGGCUACGUACACAAGCUGACGAAGACGUGCCACGCACAGCUAGACGUUGACCGAGCCAAUCAAAUCGAAGUGGCAUGGCAGGAGGAGUCUCACCUGAACAAGUACUUCCUGUACAACAAACCCAGCAAGGUGCUCUCACCUGAGUACCUGUGGCAGGACUUCAAAGAGAAAACCAGCAACAUGAAAGUGAUACGCUUCUCACAGGUCAUCAAGAACUACGCUGAGGUUCGACCCAAUCCAUAACGCACACCACAAGCUCAGCCAGACUUAACCAAGUCUUCACACAACGGCACACAUUUCCUGAAAGCUCCUCUUAUAUUAUUUCCUGUAGAACAUAAGUUAAGUCUUUAUUUGUCACAUAUACAUUACUGCACAGUGAAAUUCUUUCUUUGCAUAUCCCAUUCUUAGUGGUUGUGGUCAAAGCAUAGGGUCAGCCAUGAUGCAGCGCCCCUGCAGCAGGGUGGGUUGAGGGCCUUGCUCAAGGGCCCAGUGGUAGCAGAUUGGCGGUGCUGGGGCUUUAACCCCGAUCUUCUGGUCAAAGACCCAGAGCCUUAACCCCUUGAGCCACCACAACACCACAUAAAGGAACUAAGCUAAUUGUUAAACCUCUACACAUUAAAUGAACCACUGCUUUACUCACAUGCUUUACUGAACCUGAGUGUAAUUUAGACAACUCUUACUGCAGACAGAAUUAAUGAAGAUCCUGGAAAGAGGAAAGUAAUGGAAGCUGUUCACACCAACAGAACAUCAGCAUACUGUUCACUGAUGGAUUAGGAUAAAAUGCCUGAAAUAUAUUUUUAAGUCUGUUGUAUCUAUCAAUUAGAACCCUAUUUCAUGCUUUUUAUUAAAAAAUAAAAACAUUUUAUGGGAUGACUUUAUUAAAAUGCAUCACUUUUAGGUUUAAAUUUUAAACCAUUGUUUUCUUGUGCUUUAACACUUUAUUGUGUUGAUAAGGAAAUUGUGUGAUUAUUCAAAUUUAAUCCAUCUUUUAGACCAUCCAUCCCAUUAUAAAUCCAUCCCAUUUAUAACAUUUAUAACAUCUAAAACAUUUAUAACAUUCUGUCAGAAACAGAGCGAAAGUAAAAAUAGCAGAAUUUCUGUGCUGAAACCAUUAAACAUUAAAACACACACACACACACAGUGGUGGUGUAGGAUUGGUGGGAUUACUUUAUUAUUUUUCUCUGAUUAUUUGGUGAAAGAUAGAUAUUUAAUCAUUUAAGGUCAACUCUGUGAUUUCUGAGACUCUUCAUCUGUCCUUUGUUCACUCAGAAUAGAAAUAUUUUUGUCAUGAAGAAUUUUGUUGUUCAAGUUUUUCUUCUUUUCUCUUAUUUUAGCUCUGGGUAUU